UGCACCUGUUUACGAGUUCAUAUGUGAAAUUCGCAAGGAAUUCUCACAGACUGACCGUGAAACGACGAAAGAGCUCAAGGAACUACGAGAAGAGCAAAGGAAACUGCUCAGACAGAGGAAAAGCGCAUUCCGCGCACCGAUGGACUCUCUUAGAUCACCCUAUCAGGUGCAAAACUACUGACAGGUUUCCACCCACCACCAACCCAAAACCCCUCAGUGCGCUCCAGCCCUCUUCGGCACACAGACAGACAGUCCCGUACCAUCACCCAGCGCUCUUCAGGAUUUCCACGGGUCUGCGCGCCUUUUAUGUACAAACUACUUGAAUAACAGUGAGGCAACAACUAAAGAAGAUACUUAUAACCCUAACUCAUCUAUCCUGACAGCUUGGACUUUUUGGGAAAGUUUUCCCUCUGCAAACAAUGAACACGGGAAGCUUGGAAUGAUCCACGUAAGGUGUGCACUUUCCGGUGUCCUCGGCAGGUACGAACGGAAUUUAUCUUUUUAUAUCGCAUACUGGAUCAAGAAUAAGCACUAAAGGUCGCGGAUUGUUCACCGAGGAGGAGACACCCCGCUACAGUCUUUUCCAAUUCAAUCUUUGCGCGCUUUGGCGAGAGAGCGCAUCGCGCGCGGACCGCGGAGCAACGGAGGCACCACAGGGAAGACAUUGAUUUGCGUUUAUUCAGAUCUUUUUCAGACAAGAAACAGCCUCAUGCUGCUUCCAGCGGCACAUUUACACUUCCUUCAUCUCUCUUUUCUCUGGGAUUGCACCUCUCCUCCGGGAUUUUGUGUGUGAGACACUGGCGGGGCUCCGCGCGGCAAACGCUGGAAACAGGUGUAUUUGACCAAGAUGUCUGUCCUGCCGUCAAGGUUCAUCUACGUGUGUUUACAUUUUCUGGUCCUCUACUUCCAGUUGCAGGAAUGUCACCAGAGUUCCGCCGACUUCAAGAUCUACAUCGAGAACCACACCCGAGACGACGUGAGUCGGAAGCAGGUACGGAUAUAUCAGCUCUACAGCCGAACCACUGGGAAACACGUGCAGAUCCUGGGCAAGAAGAUCAACGCCAAUGGAGACGAUGGGGGCAAGUACGCUCUACUCGUUGUGGAAACAGAGACAUUCGGGAGUCACAUUCGAAUAAAAGGGAAAGAGAGUGGAUACUACAUCUGCAUGAACAAGAAUGGCAAAAUUAUUGGAAAGCCCAGUGGGAUUAACCAGGAGUGCGUCUUUGUGGAGGAAUAUUUGGAGAACAACUACACAGCGCUUGUGUCGGCCAAGUACAAAGGCUGGUAUUUGGGUUUCAAUCGAAAGGGUCGACCCAAAAAAGGCUCCAAGACCACGCAGACGCAGCAGGAAGUGCAUUUCAUGAAGCGCCACCCCAAAGGAAAAGUGGACCCUCUGGAGGAGUUCCGUUUCACGACGGUAACGAAACGGACACGAAGGGCGCGGCGUUUAAAACCCAACCCUAAAACGAACUGAGUUGGUGAGGACGAGUAUGCACCGCUCCCCGAGGACACUACGUGCUUCUUGCCUUACAAACACCUUAAUCUUAUCCGAAACAGGAGAAGGAAGAGGACACAAAUAAACAAUGGCUACGGAAAAAAGACAAGAAGCUUAAAAAAAAAGUUCAAAGAUGUUUUAUUUUUAUAUUUCAGAAGCGUUGAGUUUCUCCCAGCAGUUGAAUGUGGGUCUUUUUUAAAUGUAACAUUGGUGUCUGUUAUUUUAUUUAUACUGGAUUAACUAAGGAUGACCUAUAAGGAACUAGUGUCUCCUGCUUUGACACGUUUCCUGUUAAAACUCUGGAAUAGCGACGAGAGCAAACCGCACCGCCUGGGAAACCUUUUUAUUUUCAUUUGUGUUGCCCCCGAGAACAAGGAUCCAAUAUUUUCCACUGGAAUGGGCUGUCAUGGAGACGCAAAGAGAGCGAUAACAAGGUCAUGUGACCUUUGCAGGCCUCCAUAGGUAAACGUGAAGCUUUGAGUGCAAUAUUUUGAAGAGCCGUGUCGUUCCUCUCUGUGGGAUGCUGUUCUCGUCUGAGCGGACACCAGGCCUUCUCGUAGGCCGAACGCUUUGAUAUUUUUUGUGUAUUCUGUGAUUCAGCUUAGAUCGAGAUGCUUUGACUAGCUAGAUAUCAGCCUUAGCUGUGGUAAUAGUGUGUGUGAGAACCAACAGACGGAAGCCGGAAUACUUUUUCGGGAAUUGCUGUAAUGCUCUAAGCCUACAGCUGGAUCCUGCAUAUGUGCUGAGGAUGUCCUUUCUAAAAUUUAGCUACCAAAACAUGCAUAAAAUCGGUUAUGCAAAAACCAGGUAUGAUGGAUUGCUCUUAAUGUCCCUGACGCUCCUUUAAGUGUCGGAUUUUGACUACUUCCAGGUCAUUAAGCCAAUGAAAUCGGUCCGCCUGACAAUCAGUCAUGUUCUUUGUGUUCUAGAACACUUGCUCUCAGUUCUAGAACGUUGGAGACGCAGGUGAACAGAGGAAAUCCCUUCUGCAGACGCUGGACUCUGGCCACUGUUGGUGAGGUCGACUCUCCAUAUGGGUAUAGCUGUAGUAUUCACACGUCUAUAUACUCAUCGUCUGUCAGACGUUACUAACAAUCAUGACACACGUACGAUUAAAAAAAUGUAUGCAAAAAAUAAUAAUUUUAUUACUAUUAUAAAAUAUUUAUUGCCUUUCUCUGUAAAUAUGACUUGAUGAAUUUAUUUGACCUCUGUUAAUAAUAAUAAAAAAGAGGACUAUAUAUGGAAAAUGAACAAA